AUGCAAACUCCUAAAUCAGGGUCCAAAACCAGUUCCUUUGGAGCAUCUCAAAUAAUUUCUCCAAAAUCUAUCACUAGUGAGGCGUCUCACAAGAAUUCACCUCGAGCUUCUUCAUGUGAGGCAUCCAAUAAAAGUUCGCUACGUGUGGCGCGUGAAGUCAAGAUAAGUCCCAGAUAUGCCGAACCCACCGCAUCCUCUUGCAACCUAGCAAGUAGGCCACCAAAAGAAGGAAGUCCUAAAGUUCCCAAUCAUAGAUCACCUCGAAGCUUACUCCCUGAGAAUAAGGGUCCAAAUAGAGCUGCCGAACUCGAGUCUAAGAUUUCUCUACUCGAACACGACCUUAAAAACACCAAGGAUCAAUUAUUCUCUUCUGAAAAAUCCAAGCACCAAGCCCAGAGAGAUGCAGCAGAAUCCCGCCAACUCCUCUUAGCCCUGUCUGUCAAGCUCAAACAGUACCAAAAGCAAAUUCUCAAUCAAUCAUCGUCUACCAAGACAGUAGAUAAUCUGUCAUAUCUAUCUGAAAACUCAGAUGACUCAUCCUCAUUAGCCUUUGCAUUGAAUGAGAUCCAACUCCUUGAAGCGCGGCUCGAAAUAGUAGCCGGGCCUGAGCCUGAGCCUGACCCCGAGCCUUCAAAUACCAAGCUCUGUAAACUGGAGGGUAUGAAAAGUGAAUUAAUGAACUCCACAAAAUCCGAGUCUCAGGCCAAGGAUCUCGUCCACGAAACCCUAAUACAGCUUGAGACAGCUAAAAAGACGGUCGAGACACUUAAAUCGGACGAAUGCAAAGCUAAAGAAAAUCAGAAUGCCAGGGCCCUUGAGAUCGAACGGUUGAGGGCUCACAUGAACUUUCUAGAAGAACUCGUGGGCAAACUCGAAGCGGAGAAGAAAAGGGACGGCAAAUCUAUUGUGAUGGAUUUGAAUUCCAUGAAACUCGAGGCAGAAAGGAUAAAACGUGAAUCGGGCCGGAGGGAGGCCGAGCUGGAGGCCGGGCUGCGUAAAUCGAGGUACGAAAUUGAGGAGAUGAAGGGAAACAUAAUGGACAAAGAAAAUGAAAUACAGAGCAUGUGCGAGGAGAAUGAUGGCCUUCUAAUGCAGCUUGAGGAUUUAAAAACAAAGUUGAAGGAUAAGGAGAGAGAGUGCGUGAUUUUAUCGGAUGAGAACGAAAAAUUGAAAUCAGAAAUGAAGGAGAUCAUUGUGAAGAUUGGAAUUUUGACGGAAGAAGUGGUUAAGAGCGAUAAAAAGGCAUCACGAGUGUUCGAGCAACUGGAAGCAGCCCAAAAGGCGAAUAUCGAGAUGGAAGUCGAGUUUAGGAAGCUGAAAGUGCAGUGUGAUCAAUGGAGGAAGGCUGCUGAGGUGGCUGCUGCAAUGGUUUCAGGAGGGAGUAACGGGCAACUGGUUGUGGAGAGAACCGAGUCCAUGGACAGCAGCUACAUUUCACCUGAUUUUUUUUAUGGCGAUGAUUUUGUGAAGAAGAAGAAUGGUAAAAUGCUGAGCAGGAUAUCCUCCCACUGCCGCUGCUCUUUUGUCCCUCUCGCCAUCUGUUAUCCGAGCCGACCUCGUCCGCGACGCCGCCGUGAGGAGCUCUCCGACGCCGGUGUGGCCACAACCGGCCGCCAAAUGCAGAGGCGGUGGCGGCGGACGGCGGACCAGUGGCGGCGGAUGGCGGACCAGUGGCGGCUGGUGUGA